AUAGCAACAUAUGUAAAUAUUUUUUAAUGAUAUUAAUCUUCUAUAAAAUGGAUGAUAUUAAGAUUAGAGUAAUGUCUGCGAUCCUAGACUUGUUGAGACAAGACUUGGAAGGUGGUAAGUUCGGUCCGGAAGAUGAAGAAGGCUUAGAAGUAGCAAUGCAGUGUUUGGAGAACAUUUAUGAUCUAAAUAGUGUUAGACAUCGUCCCAAUGAACCAUCUUUAAUAGAGCUGUACAAGUUUUACUUGCAAAACCCACACCUUCACAGACGAGAGGCCACCGUUUCGGAGAAAUCCCUAGCCGAAGCGUUGAAAGUGGAUGCCAACUUGGCUAUGGGUGACGGAAGAUAUGCAGAAGCACUGUGCUUGUACACCAGAGCUAUCGAAUACGAUUCGAGGAAUCCCGUCUACUACUGCAACAGAGCGGCGGCCAAGAGCAGGAUGAACGACCACUACGCCGCGGUUCGGGACUGCAACGUGGCCAUCGAACUGGACCCCAAGUACAGCAAAGCCUACGGCAGGUUGGGGCUGGCCUACUGCGGCCUCGAGAGGUACGUCCACGCGGUCGAGUGCUACAAGAAGGCCCACGAGCUGGAGCCAGACAACGAAGGCUUCAAGGGGAACCUGGAGCUGGCGAGGGAGAAGGUGAAGGAGCUGUGCAGCAUGGAGUCGGAGCCUGAGGCCUGCCAGGAGCCCAGCGGAGGGGGGGCGCAGCAGCAGGCCGCGGGCCACGGGGACGGGCCCCCUCCGAUGCCGCAGCCCCCCUUCGACAUCAACCUCCUCCUCGGCAACCAGCAGCUGCUCAACUUGGCCACUCAGGUCUUGGCGGCUCCGGCUCUGCAGUCCUUCGGCUAUUCGCUGGCGCGGGAGAUACCGGACAUCUUCAACAACCUCAGGCAGAGCUUCACCACUUCUGAACACGCUGGCCCUAGCUCACCGCCUGAAGAUGAGACAUCCCGUCGAGAAGAUCAGUAAAACACCUCGGUCAAACUGUAACCAUAAAUUCUGUAAUAAUAUUCCAAUUUUAAUUAAAAUGUUUUAUUAUAGUUAUAUUGACGUUUCAUUUUUCAUGUAUGAAUAAUUUUUUGAUACACAGAUUGUUUGAAAAAAAUGUAACCAACAGUAAUAAAAAC